AUGGCUGAUCCUCUGCGGAGGACAAUUCUAGCCAAACUCAGGGGCAAGAAACCCAAAGGGAAAGACGCGAGCACCGCGAACCGGCCGAGAGAAGGUAAAGAAAAAGUUUCUCAAACGCAGACAGAGAGAGAUUACAUUUCACAUGCGAUGAGGGCUGAGGAGAGGUGUGUGGCCGCUCUCGGCUGCAGCGCGGCUCCCCGGUGCGCUGUGCGUGUCACCGGGUUCUCAGGGCCCGGGGGCCCCGCUGAUCAAAGCGAGCGCACCGAGCUGAAGCGUCUCCAGACGCCGCGGGUCCGCGGAGACUCGGUCGGCUUCAGCGGCUGCGAUUUAAAACCCCGACGAGAGGCUUUACAGCUAGCAGAUGGUCAAGAUCUAAAGAAUAAAGGACCAAAUGUUACACUACUCGAGCAAAAGGCCGGGGAAAACAUUAUGAGCGACUUUGAACGUCACGCCAGGGGCCCCCAGCCUCAUGUGUUUGAUUAUAUAGACGCGGAAAGCGAUUUAAUUCAGGUUAUAGAGAGUUCGCUGGAAUAUCAUGGAGAGUUUAGGAUGCCCGCAUUACAAAGUCCGAAUUUUUUCCCCACUGAUCUAAAAAUAACAGUGGCCCCUGGGCUGAGAGAUGGGGCCCCUCGACACCACUCAGUCGACAGCGAGGACGACGAUUAUUAUGAUAACCAAACUCUACCCUUUUAUGAGUCUCACACUCACUUGAAAGAGCGAAAUACGAAUAUCGGUGAGCCGAUAUCGGCGUCGGAAUCUAACGAAACCGACAGAUUGAAGUCCCAACUGAAAGAGGCGUAUUAUUUGCUAAUAAACACAAUGCACAACAUCAGAUUCGACGGUCAGGUCGAAGAUAACGAAUUUGUGGAUCAGGCCAGUAGCGCUAGUCAAUCCCACGGCAGCGUCAGCACAGAAAGCGACGCGUGUUCGUCCGAAGAACGUAACGAUUCUGCGUUUCUCGGACGAUGUGGGGUGGGUCUGACGGGGUCUUCGCAGAGCAGAAGCUUGCAGAAUAUUCACGACGCGACUCCCAAAACGACGCUCCAGCGGUCGGUGAGCGACAGCAAGGUGAAGUACUCGUCAAACCGUGAGGAAGAGUCGCGAGCCGCCGUCGCAUCGGGUCUCGAUGUGCAACAGGUGAACCCUACGGAAGCCCUCCCGACGCUUGCUUCAGCGCGCCGAUCCUGCGACGACGCAGCGGUGCCCAAACAUCCCGGAGUCACCGUCAACAAGAUGCAAGAGUGGAUGCAGAAAGGUCGCGUGCUUUCGUCCGAGAUGAAGCAGAGGAUCGCGGGUUCCUCGCUGAGAGCCAAUCACGUGAGGCAGCAGACAGAUGUCUGCAGUCUGGAGGAUGUGGCUGCUGCAGUGAUCUUGGGAAUACUCUCGGAUGACCGAAAGCCAGAAACUGGAGCACAAUACGUGGAGGAGGGGGACGAAGCGCCGGACCCAGCCGAGGACGACGCAGACGCCGAGGGAGAGAUCUGGUACAACCCCAUCCCAGAGGAUGAAGAGCGCGAUCUGCCGAACUGUGUUCCCGCCGUCAGAAUCCAGACGGGACGAGCCAGAGACGAAACACAGCCGCAGGAGGAGAGCAGAGCCACAGAUCCUUCAGAGCAAUCCACUGGUGGACUUUCUCCCUCUUCUAGUCCCAAUCUAGCUAAAAGGAGCACUGCUAUCAACUGGUCUUUUCCUGAUAAAAUCAAGUCACCACGGACUGUCCGAAAACUGUCCAUGAAGAUGAAGAAACUGCCUGAUCUGAGUCGGAAGCUUAGUGUUAAAGGGACCCCAUCUAGCACUGUGGCCAUCAGCAACGGCCAAUCAGAAACCAGGGCCCACUCACCUAGAGCCAAUGGGAUGGCAGAGUUGGGCCAGUCCCAGCCCAGACUGUCCCCGGCGGGUGUGACGACUGCAUUGGCGAGUGGUAAUGUGAUUUGGCGAUACCAUCUGGACAGCAGUGUUAUUUUGCAGCACAACUUUGAUAAGAGAAGGAGCAACACCAGUGGCGUUCCCAAAUCGGCCAGUAAGGGAGGUUACCUAAGUGAUGGAGACUCACCCGAACUUGUAGCCAAGUCAGGAAAGCACGGAAACUCAGACAGAAAGAACGGUAAAACCCCAGACAGGGAUCCCAAUGGGAAUGGCGGAAGUCCGAAGCUGCCUGGCACGGAGCUGGAUAUCGAUGCCUUCCGUUCGUACAGUUUCUCUGAGCAGCCAAAGUGCCUAACGUACAUCUCUGGACUAAUGAGUCUGCACUUCUAUGGCGCAGAGGACCUAAAGCCACCGCGGGUUGAUUCUCGCGACGUCUACUGUGCCAUCCAGGUGGACUCUGUCAAUAAAGCUCGCACGGCCUUGCUGACCUGUCGGACAGCCUUCCUGGAUAUGGACCACACCUUCAACAUUGAGCUGGAGAACGCUCAGCACCUCAAACUUGUCGUCUUCAGUUGGGAGUCAAUUCCGCGAAGGAAUCGAGUGUGCUGCCAUGGAACUGUGGUUCUCCCGACCUUGUUUCGUGUGAGUAAGACGCACCAGCUUGCGGUCCGCUUGGAACCACGUGGAAUGAUCUACGUGAAGCUGAGCCUCAUGGAGCAGAGGCAAAACUCUCUUGAUGGCCCAGAGGGGGAUCAUGAAAUACAGGUGUUUGGCCUAGAGGCUCGGCGCGUGGUAGAACGGGAAGCUUCAGGAUUAAUGGUUCCAUUGCUCAUCGAGAAAUGCAUCUCUGAGAUCGAGAGGCGGGGUUGUCAGGUGGUGGGUCUGUAUCGUCUGUGCGGUUCGGCUGCGGUGAAGAAGGAGCUGCGGGAAGCGUUCGAGAGGGACAGUCACUCCGUCGAGCUCUCGGAAAACAACUACCCUGAUAUUAACGUCAUUACAGGCGUGCUGAAGGACUAUCUCCGCGAGCUUCCUCAUCCUCUCAUCACCAAGCAGCUGUACGAGUCCGUUCUGGACUCGAUGGCCAAGAGGCCGCUGCAGAUGGGAAGCAGCGGCUGCGAGAACGACCCGGUCGACUCGGAUCACGCCGUCUGCUCACUGGAGCUCCUGCCGGAGGUUGAGAAGGUGACCCUGCGGAAGCUUCUGGAUCACCUGAAGCGCGUGGCGUCCCAUCACGAGGUGAAUAAAAUGACCUGUCAGAACCUGGCGGUGUGUUUCGGGCCGGUUCUGCUCAGCCAGAGACAGGAGGCGUCCUGCCACGGGAACCGGGUCUUCAUCGACUCCGAGGAGCUUGCCAGCGCUCUGCACUUCAAGAAACACAUCGAGGUCCUUCAUUACCUGCUCCAGCUCUGGCCAGUUGUGGACGCUCAGGGUAAAUCUUCUUCUCCGGUUCCUUGCCCGGUGGAGUCGCUCCCAGCAGCAACAGCUGCCGUAAGGAGGAGGAAAGAGCGUCCACAGGUGCUGAAUCUAACCGAGGCGGACAUGGCAGGCGUUUUGCGGCCCAGAGCUGGCCGCCUGGACAGUCCCAGUAACCGUUAUGCUGGGGACUGGAGUGGAUGCCAGGAAACGUACCUCCAACCGAGCUGCCCAGAGGAGGCAGACUAUGAUGACGUUCCCAGCGAAGAGUCUCCAAACGCAGGACAGGAGGACUUAACAAAGGGUACUGGAGAUGUAAUCCCUGAAAAAGAGUUGCCCGAGGUGGACGAGGCAGUGGAGAGGGUUGAGGAAAUGCAGAUAGAGGAGGAAGAGGAAGAGAGUGAGGAAGAGAAUACAAUAGUUUUGGACAAGCUACAAGUGGAGGAACCUGUUUCCACCAGCCCCUGCGAUCAGAUCCUCCCUGAUCACAAGGAGCACCAACCCAAAGAGCACACCUACCAGGCCUACAUGAAGAUUCAGGAGAUUAGCCCAGUCCUAAGCAACAGGGUCAACCUGCGGGACCUGCAGGAGAGCAUUGACACUCUAAUCGGCAACCUGGAAAGGGAGCUCAACAAGAACAAGCUCAACGUAGGGUACUGACUCUUUACCAGAACAGUUGAGAUAUGGUGGUGAUUGCCUAGAGACAUCAGCGCUACGGAACUUUCUUGCUCCCAUGCACACUUGGGAUGCAUGUACAAGAAGACAUUCCACACUUCUGAUUUGUUUUCAUUUGUCUCCUGGUCUCCAUGUUGUUGAGCUCAUCAUUGUUUUUCUUCUUAUGAGAAGAACUCAUUGAAUCCUGAGGGGGUGCACCAGGUGCCUUCAUUGUGUUAAGGUGGUGCUUACGAUGACAAGAGCUUUUUUUCUUUCUGCGGAGGUACAAAACAUUUCGAUGAAAACCAAUGCACUUAUGGGGCCUGCUGUUAGGCACGGCCAGUUCAGGUACAGGUGUAAAGCCUUAUGGUGGGAGAACUAGGUACUAUAGAUACAUCCUUAUACCAUGGGUACUCAGUCCUGCUCCUGGAGAUCCAGCUUCCACUUUAGUUCCAACCCUGCUAACACCAGAUAAUCAAGGUCUUGGGGUUCCCUUAAAGAGGUAGAUCACAGAAGCAGGAUUGAGUACCCUACCCUAACCCCAGCCCUACGACCCUGAACACUACAUCAGGGAUCUUGAAUGCAAAUUACCUAUUGAGGAGAUGGUGUUAGACUCCCUAAACUCUGAAUGCUAUAUCCAAACCCUAACCCUAUCCUGACCCUAAACAAGGGGUGUCCCAUUCUGCUUCUGGAAAGCCACCUUCAUCUCUAGCUCUAAUUAAACACACUUAAUCCAGAUAAUCAAGGUUUUGGGAUUCACUUAAAGAGGAGGUAGAUCACCAAGAGCGGAAUUGAGCACCCGACCCUGAACCCUGCAUCAGGGUACUUGAACGCAAAUUACCUAGUGAGGUGGUGUUAGUUGGUAGUUUAAAAUCCCUGCACCGUACUCCCUAAACUCUGAAUGUUAUAUCUUAACCCUAUCCUAAACCUUACACCCACCGUGUUCGAUCCUGAUCCUGGAAAUCCGGCUUCCUGUAGUCUUCACCCUUUAAACACACUUGAACAAGCUAAACAAGGUCUUGGGAUUUGUUUAAAGAGGAAGGUAGAUCACCAGGAGCGGGAUUAAGCACCCCAACCCAAUGACCCUAAACCUUAUAUCAGGGGUCUCAAAUGCAAAUUACCUAGUGAGGUGGUGUUUGCUGGUAGUUUGAGAUCCUUGCAACAUACUCCCUAAACACUGAAUGUUAUAUCUUAAAGAAUUAGAUCACUCCUGAAUUAAAAUUUCUUGAUAAUUUGCUCACCCCCAUGUCAUCCAAGAUGUUUAUGU